AAGAAGAAAAGAAAAGAAAAACACUGUUCUAAUGGUUCUUUGCUUCGGUAGCCCUGGUGAUUCCUUUAAACGUAGCCAAUCGCAGCGGACAAAAAACUAAAAACAGCCGCUGUUGUCCGGUGGCCAUCUUGGGAGUCAAGAGGCGGCUUGAACGGUUUAGAAGUCUCAUCACAAGCACGCAGGCAUAGAAGAAGGGAGUCCGCUGAAGUUAGGCUUACUACUGCGGGAUGGCUUGUGCGACAUUAAAGCGAACACACGACUGGGAUCCCCUGCACAGUCCGAACGGCAGAUCGCCGAAAAGACGGAGAUGCAUGCCUCUGUCAGUCUCCCCACCAGCGCCUCCAACAAGGGCGCACCAAAUCAAUCCCUCGCCGUUCGGAGACGUGCCACCGAAGUUGACUUCAGAGGAGAUAGCAGCCAAUAUCCGCGAGGAGAUGCGACGGCUGCAACGGCGCAAGCAGCUCUGCUUCCAGGGAACCGACCCUGAAUCCCAGCCCACAAGCGGCCUCUUAUCUCCCGUCCGUCGAGACCAGCCUCUGUUUACCUUCCGCCAGGUGGGGCUCAUUUGCGAGCGGAUGAUGAAGGAGCGGGAGAGCCAGAUACGGGAGGAGUAUGACCACGUGCUUUCCACCAAGCUCGCAGAACAAUACGACACAUUUGUUAAAUUUACCUAUGACCAAAUUCAGAAGCGGUUUGAGGGUGCUACACCCAGCUAUUUGUCGUAACACGAUGCUGUACUGUGCAAGAACUGAAGUGGGGCAAGGCAGUAUGAUGAGGCACCAAUGUCCAGCCUGAACCAGUGCUGUCCCCUCAUUUGUCAGUUCUUUUCUUCCAUUCUCUUGUGACUUGCACGCAGACUGCUGGUGCGUUCAUUCCCUGACAGAAAGAAGCAAAGGAGACGCCUCAUCUACAAGCCCUUCUGUGUUGGCGAUGCGGAUAAGUGUGUGCUUUCUGCUGUUGCCGCCUCGCCAUAGGAGACCUGUGAUGACGUUAAGAGUGCUGAAUGUGACAUUGCAAGUGGUUGGUGGAUGCAAAAGACUGCUUUUGUAUGCCAAGGAGUGAAGUUUAGUCACAUUUUCUAUGUAAAGAGUUAAAAGGUACAAGUGUGGUGCAUUGCGAUGUAUAAUUAUAUGGCUUCAGUUUACUUUUCCCUGAAUGAAUGUCCAUUUUGUGCUUUCGUUGUUGCAAUGUAUGUGAAGCUUCAGCAUGAACAGCUUGCUGAAGGGGUGCACUUAUAGAGAGAGCUUUACACACAUGGCAGGAAGAGUGUUGAAGCUGCAGCUCACAGUUACAGAGAGGUGGCUUCAAAAUUAACUUAGUGUACAGAUGUAUAAUAUAUAAUGCACUACAGGGUGUGCAUGCCAAGCUGAUGCAUUAGUUUUGUACCACUGCGUGUGUUUUCUUGCCUUUGCUUUCAACAUAUUUGACUGGCUCUUGUACAUAGAUUUGCACGGGUUCUGCCACAUUGCUUUUCUUUUGUGUGGCGAUUCACAGAGGUCUUGAAUGGGGUAUGCAGAAUGCCCGAGCAGUGCCUCGCUGGUAGUGUACGGAGAAGACUCCCUGGUUGCGUUCUGAAUGCAGUGAACAGUAAAUGCCUGCGACACAUAGCUGUGGCUUUUGUAGCUGCUUGGACAGUUUUGGACAAGCAGUUCAUUUGGCUUUGUAAACAUCAGUUCUGUCACACGCAUUGGUUCUUUACAUUUGAGUUGUGCGCGCUUGCUGUAAUGAGGUCAACAUCAAAUCGUUACUGAAGCACUCAAAACCUUGCGAGUUUGUGCAAUUCGGUUGUUUGUUUUAAUGCUGGAGUAGUCUUUGGCUUUAAUUUGCUCUGCCGAUGUGUAACUUGAUGGCUAUUAGAAUAAAACAUUUGAGAUACAA